GAAGAAGACGAAGACGAAGAGGAAGAACGAGUCGUUCUCGAACCGGCCAUCACUACAACCUUCACACUGAACUGUAGGGGCACCUUCAACCAGUUCCGCGGCGCACCGGCAGUGCAUUGAUCAAUAUAAAUUACUAAUAUUUAGCUAUUAGAACACAAUCACAAAUACAGGCAUUAUGUCCCUUCUGACUAUUAGUAGGUUGGCCCAUAGGGUCCUUUGUUCAAAGAAUGCAGCAGGUGUUUCUGUGAUAGGCAGAAAUGUUAGUGCAUCCACAAAUUUAAGAGAUGUCCUGGCAGAUCUCAUUCCCAAAGAACAGUCUAGAAUCAAGAACUUCAAGCAGCAGUAUGGUAAAAAUGCCAUUGGCCAGAUUACUGUGGAUAUGGUUUAUGGAGGUAUGAGGGGUAUGAAGGGCCUAGUAUAUGAGACCUCUGUGCUCGACCCUGAUGAGGGAAUUCGUUUUCGUGGCUACAGCAUUCCAGAGUGUCAGCAGCUAUUGCCAAAGGCUGCAGGAGGUGAGGAACCACUGCCUGAGGGACUCUUCUGGCUGCUAGUCACAGGCCAGGUGCCCACUGAGGAACAGGUGAACUGGUUGUCAAAAGAGUGGGCUAAGAGGGCAGCCCUCCCCUCCCAUGUGGUCACAAUGUUGGAUAAUUUUCCAACCAACUUGCACCCUAUGUCUCAGUUUAGUGCUGCUAUCACUGCUCUAAAUAGUGAAAGCAGCUUUGCCCGAGCCUACUCAGAGGGAGUCCAUAAAAGCAAGUACUGGGAGUUUGUGUAUGAGGACUCUAUGGACUUGAUUGCCAAGCUUCCCUGUGUGGCAGCUAAGAUCUACCGCAACCUGUACCGUGAGGGCAGCAGCAUUGGAGCUAUUGAUCCCAACCUGGAUUGGUCUCUCAAUUUCACCAACAUGUUGGGCUACACUGAUUCCCAGUUUACUGAGCUCAUGAGACUCUAUCUAACCAUCCACAGUGACCAUGAAGGUGGUAAUGUCAGUGCUCAUACUAGUCACCUGGUGGGAAGUGCCCUGUCUGACCCUUAUCUUGCCUUCAGUGCAGCCAUGAAUGGCCUUGCUGGCCCCCUGCAUGGACUCGCUAACCAGGAAGUGCUUGUAUGGCUGACAGCUCUCCAGAAGGAGCUUGGUGGUGAAGUGUCAGAUGAAAAGAUGAGAGAUUACAUCUGGAAUACACUAAAAUCUGGCAGGGUGGUGCCUGGCUAUGGGCAUGCUGUUUUAAGGAAGACAGAUCCACGCUACACAUGCCAGAGAGAGUUUGCCUUGAAACACCUUCCCAAUGACCCCAUGUUCAAGAUGGUGUCUCAGCUCUACAAGAUUGUGCCCAACGUGCUGCUGGAGCAGGGCAAAGCUAAGAACCCUUGGCCCAAUGUUGAUGCCCACAGUGGAGUACUACUGCAGUAUUACAGCAUGACUGAGAUGAAGUACUACACAGUGCUGUUUGGAGUGUCUCGGGCCCUGGGUGUACUAGCUCAACUGAUUUGGAGCAGAGCGCUGGGCUUCCCUUUGGAGCGUCCCAAGUCCAUGAGCACGGAUGGGCUUAUGGCCCUAGUAGGGGCCAAGUCAACCUAGAGAGAUCAGGCCAAUACAGCUGAGGAGAUGUGUGUACAUAUAACUUGAUUUGUGUGUACAUAUAACAUUUAUUGGAAUAAACAGACAGUUUUCCCAAUAAAGAGACAAACCCUUUUUCCCCUCUUAAAAUAUUUUUUCAUAUCUGUACAUAAAUUUACCCUUCUAUAACCUCAUUUAUCUAAAUGGUAUACCAUGCUUUGUUCCUAUUCAUUUAAUCAGGUAAUAACAUCCAACUUGGAAAAUGGAAUUUCUUAAGGUAACGAUAAAUUCAAUGGUUCACCACUUCAUGUCUAAAUACUGGACUGGUCUGUCAAGAGUGGAUUUUUACAGAUAUAAAGCUUUAAAGAUAAUACAUUGAUUUCACUGGCUUGUAGUUUUCAUUAACAUUAGUUAUUGUCCAAGAGUUUGAAACAACAGUCAGCGCAGCCAGUGCUUUAACUUUCCUGAGCCCAAAAAAUCACUUUAAAUAUGAGAAAGAAAACUUGCUACUUUUAUUUUUUAGUUCUAGCUAAUCCCCUGUCUUCUUAUGUGUAUAGUUAUUUUGAUCUACAUCCAAAAUAUAUACAUAUACACAAGAGUUAACUGUGAGUACAUAAUUUAUGACUUUUUAGUAAAUGCGUGUAUUUAAAUAUAUGUAAAUACAUGCAUUAAAAGCUGUUGGUGAAAUGCAAAAAAUGUUUUUGUCGGCAGUGUGUCUCAUAAGCAUGGUUGAGUUUGUUCUCUAGGACAGCAUAGACUGGCACUGAUCUUUUCAUGUUUGUUUGAAGGCAAUCAGUGGUUUAAAUUGCACUGUCAAAUGACGGCUAUAAACACACAGUGACUUUCAGUUGCUUUCCCUCUUCUUGUAGGAUUUCACAAAUUUAGAUGUUUUUAAAACAAGCAUUCAGUGCUUUUUAUCCCCUGUAGUUAUAUUUGAUUUUAUCUUGAUCACUAUAUCAGGUUAAUGUAUCAGAGCGGACAUCCAUUACUCAAAGGAAUUAAGUACAUGGUAUUAGUACACUUUGGUUGAAUUGAAAAAAUAAAUAAAUAAAUCAUGGUGGUUUGGGCAAGGGGCACAAUAAAUGCUUCUAACAAAAUGUUUUCAUCAGAGCAUUAUUUUCUGUACCAAAAUAUUUAUAUAUAUAUACAGUUGGUUGGGAAAGUAUACAGACCCCUGCAUUUUUUGUACAUUUUGCCAUCAAUUUAUACACAAUAAACCAAAAUGACAGCAAAA